CACAGCGCGUAAUUUCCCAGUGUUAUCACAAGUUCCAGUUUUUAUCUCUGGAUUUCAAAAAUUCCCGUCUUGGUUUGAUACCAUCUGCUGCUUUUGUAGAACUCAUGGUGGUUUUGCAGAUUCAGCAGCUCAAUGGGUUCUCUGGUUACCUAUCAAAGGCUCGCACAAGCCGAAGAAGAGGAAGUGGAAGAGCUUCGACGACAGUGUGCGUUCAAACACAAGUGGCUCCCUCUAGAACACAGAGAAUAAUGGAAAAUAUUUCAGUUGGUGGAGAAGCAGGAGGUGCUGGUGGUGCUUACUCUUACAAUGCCUUGAAGAGACUUGACAAUAUUUGGUCCAACAUAUGUACUCAACCCAUAGGACCACAGGAAACACAGCAAAUAGUUUCACGGGUCUCUGGCUUCUCUCAAGACUAUGCUAUGGGGAAUAACCUCGUUGGAACCUUUGACAUAGCUGUUUGUGGGGGUACUUUGGGGAUCUUCCUCGCCACGGCUUUAUGUGCAAAGGGUUUGAGGGUUGCUGUGGUGGAGAGAAACGCAAUCAAAGGGAGAGAUCAAGAAUGGAAUAUCUCAAGAAAAGAGAUGAAGGAGCUGAUAGAAGUUGGAGUUUUAACAGAAGAGGAGAUUGAAGAAGUAAUUGCUGCAAAGUUCAAUCCGAACAGAUGUGGAUUCGAGAGUCUUGGUGAUAUAUGGGUUGAAGAUAUUCUUAACCUCGGCGUCUCUCCAGCUAAACUUGUGGAGACUGUGAAACAACGUUUCAUCUCUCUUGGUGGUGUCAUUUUAGAAGACUGCAGUCUCUCGAGUAUCACCAUCUACGAUGAUCUAGCUGUCAUGCAACUUUCUAAAGGUGAGAUAUUAUCUUCUCGUCUGGUCAUUGAUGCAAUGGGAAACUUCUCUCCUAUUCUGAAGCAGAUUAAAGGUGGUAGAAAGCCAGAUGGAAUGUGCCUUGUUGUUGGAUCUUGUGCUCAUGGGUUCAAGGAGAACUCAUCAAGCGAUGUUAUUUAUAGUAGUUCAUCAGUGACCAAAGUCGCAGAUGCCAAUGUACAACUCUUUUGGGAGGCCUUCCCGGCUGGUUCUGGUCCAUUAGACCGGACUACUUACAUGUUCACUUACACUGAACCGCAAUCAACAUCUCCUAGUUUAGAGGAUUUACUUGAAGAAUACUGGAAACUGAUGCCAAAAUACCAAGGAGUCUCUCUUGAUGAACUGGAAAUACUGAGAGUUGUAUAUGGAAUCUUUCCUACAUACAAAAACAGUCCUUUACAAGCCGCAUUUGAUCGCGUUCUACAGUUUGGCGAUGCUAGCGGAAUACAGUCACCUGUUUCCUUUGGUGGUUUUGGAAGUUUGACCAGACAUCUUGGAAGAUUGUCCAAUGGAAUCUAUGAGGCAAUAGAUGGAGAUUUACUGGACUCGGAGAACUUAUCAAAGCUAAAUCCUUACAUGCCUAACUUGAGCGCGUCAUGGCUGUUUCAAAGAGCAAUGUCUGCCAAGCAAAACCUGGAUGUCUCCCCUAGCUUCACCAACGAGCUUCUCCAUGUAAAUUUUAGUUGCAUGCAGAGAUUGGGCGAUCCGGUUCUCAGACCGUUUCUUCAGGAUGUAAUACAGUUUGGUCCUCUAGCAAAGACACUAGGCCUUGUCAUGCUGACCAAACCUCAGAUAAUUCCAUCCAUAUUCAGACAGGUGGGGAUACCUGUGUUGCUCGACUGGUCAGUUCAUUUUUUCAUGCUGGGUUUGUAUACGUUCCUCUCUGCAUAUGUUGAUCCAGUAAUAAGGCCAUCUUUGGAAGAACUUCCAUUAAAGACCAGGUUCCAAUGGAAGAGACGUCUAGAGGCCUGGAAAUAUGGAGCUGGCCUUGAUUACGAGUUGUGAUUCUGUCCAUCUUUCUCAAGAGUGAUACCAUCAUCGUCACUGCCUUCUGAGCUUCAAUAUUCAGCUUCUUGAAGUAUUUUUGGUGCAUAGUAGAUAUCUAUCUUCACAAGCAUAAAUAUUUGCCUUCUCUAGCUCUUCAUUCAUAUAUACACAGAAUCAUCUCAGUUCUUAGAUUUGGUUUGAAAGGUCCUAGAAACUCCUUUGAUACCAGCUUUACAUAAACACCGAAGGCUUUUUCUCUGAACAGAAAAUUUAUAAUAAUAUAACAUACCAAAAGAGUUGAGCUUUGUUUU